AUGGAGGAAACCGAGCUGGACGUCGGCUCGGCUGGCGACGAGAUCGAGUCCGUCGAACCGGCGCGAAUAAGGCCGGUACCGAGACCUUUUACGAUCGAGAGUCUGAUCGGCAAUAAUUACUGUAAAAGUGAUCUGGAUCAGAGCGUCGGGGGCGGUAUUUGUCAGAUUAAAAACCGAGGCGGGUCGGAGAGCAACGGCGGCGUUGCGAUUAAUCGAUCGGGUAAUCAGGAGGACCUCGAGGGCAGAGAAAGGGAAAUCAUGUAUCAGCAGCACUGCCUCGCGACGGCCACGAACGCCCUGCCAGGAUUCGCGAUGCCGUUGAGUUUGUACGGCGCUUGGCUGCCGAUGAGAAUGUACGGCGGCGGAGCCUCGGGGAGUUCGAUAGGAUUGCCGCCGCACCUUACGGGGACAACAUUUUCCUCCCAGCCGAGCCACCAGAGCCAGCAGCUGGCCAAUCUGAACCUGAGCCUGAACCAUCUGCAGGCCGGAGGUGGAUUCCCUAGUCAACACGUCAAUCAACCGGGACGAGUCCUGACCGACGAGAGCGAGGAUGACAGGAGCCUUUCCCCGGCAUCCCCGGUCCACGACCUCUCAAAGUCCCAGCUCGAAUCGGAGAGCGGCCGAGUGUCGGCGGAUAGCGAGGACGAUUCAAUGGGAAACGAGGUUGGAGGAAACGGUUCCGGAGAGCGAGGAAGCGGAAGCGGAGGAUCGGGGGGAGGCGGCGGAAGCGGCAGCAAAGCGCGGCGUCGAAGAACGGCGUUCACCUCGGAACAGCUUUUGGAGCUUGAGCGUGAAUUCCACGCGAAAAAGUACCUCAGCCUUACGGAACGUUCGCACAUUGCUCACGCCCUGAAGCUCUCCGAGGUCCAGGUGAAAAUUUGGUUCCAGAACCGGCGCGCAAAGUGGAAGAGGGUCAAGGCUGGCCUAACGACGAGCGGCGCAGGUUCCGCGGGCCGGAACUCGGCCGGUCAGCACGCCGGAAACGGGCCCCGAAUCGUCGUCCCGAUCCCGGUGCACGUCAGCCGACUCGCCGUCCGAUCGCACCAUCAUCACAUGGAGAAGUGUUCGCAGCCGGCGACGCCGGGAUCGGCCGGCGGCCUCGGUCCGAGCCUCGCGAAUUGCCUCAACGCGAAUAUUCAGGCCCCGGGGGGACCGCUCGGCGGACUUCGUAGGGUCUUUUCGGCCAGCCAACACGGCGAGCCGUCGGCAAGGUAGUCGCGGAAAAUGUCGUUACCGACGUUACAGGUGCGUUUUUUCCCGAUAUUUCGACACAAAGGAAGAAGAAAGAAAAAGGUGUAUACCUACCACGGUUAUCCCAUUUUUUUCCUUCGUAUUGUUACAAUCCGGUAGACUAGCGAUACCGGUUCUGGAGAGAGAUUCCCUUACCGACAUAUUACCGACCCUCAGCCGAGACGCAAACCUUUUAUCUAAAACGAUCGAGGGUCGGACGUAUCCCUCGGAGCAGAACCGGUAUUGCUCUUCUACUGAAUCUGCGGAGAGGAAUAACUGAGAAGCCGAUUAUAAUUUAUAGCUUUCCGACUUAUCGUACAAUUGAAUCAUGGCCAAUUAAUAAUAGCGUUGUGCCAAUUAAUCGAUCGUACGAUCGUGUAUAGGUUUUUUUAUUCUCAUUUUACAAAUUCAAAUCCUUUAACGCAAGGCGUUGUUCCGUUGUACAGACACUCUCAAAUUAUCGUGCGUACAGUAUCAUGUGUACGUGUAUAUAACCUUUGUACAUAUCUCGGUGGACAAUACUACAAUUUCUUAUAAUUAUAUAUAUAUAUAUAUUACUGUA